GAGUCGAGAGUCGUAAUUCGGCGGAAUAAAACAGAUAACAAAUCACUCAUUUUGAAGCACCAGUUUCCAUUAAUGGCGACCCUCCAAAUUUCCAACCCACCUUCCGAAUUGUCACACUCUCACUCUUCCAUGGCUCACAUUUCCGUCGCCUUUUCGCCGCUGCUAAGCAAAAAUGUGCGCUGCAACAUCUCUUCAGCGUAUCGCUCCAGAAAUUCCUGCACCUCCAAGCGCCACCGCACUGCGAUUUACUGCUCUUUCAUACCUAUGGAGUCCGCCAAAAUUAAGGUCGUCGGCGUCGGAGGCGGCGGCAACAAUGCCGUCAAUCGCAUGAUUGGCAGCGGCUUGCAGGGAGUGGACUUCUACGCCAUAAACACAGAUGCUCAAGCUCUUCUCCAAUCUGCUGCGGAGAAUCCUAUUCAGAUUGGGGAGCUUUUGACUCGUGGACUUGGCACCGGUGGAAACCCGCUUUUGGGUGAACAAGCUGCAGAGGAGUCAAAGGAAGCGAUUGCCAAUUCCCUCAAGGGGUCGGAUAUGGUGUUUAUAACUGCCGGGAUGGGUGGUGGUACAGGUUCGGGUGCGGCUCCUGUUGUUGCACAAAUUGCUAAGGAAGCAGGCUACUUGACUGUUGGUGUUGUUACCUACCCGUUCAGCUUUGAAGGACGUAAACGAUCCAAUCAGGCUCUUGAAGCAAUUGAAAAGCUGCAGAAAAAUGUGGAUACACUUAUAGUGAUUCCAAAUGAUCGUCUCCUGGAUAUUGCUGAUGAACAGACCCCCCUUCAAGAUGCUUUCCUUCUAGCUGAUGAUGUUCUCCGUCAAGGUGUCCAAGGAAUAUCAGACAUAAUCACAAUACCUGGUUUGGUAAAUGUGGAUUUUGCAGAUGUUAAGGCAGUCAUGAAGGAUUCUGGUACUGCUAUGCUGGGAGUAGGCGUUUCCUCUAGCAAGAACCGGGCUGAAGAAGCAGCGGAGCAAGCAACACUGGCUCCACUGAUAGGCUCUUCCAUUCAAUCGGCUACGGGAGUUGUUUACAAUAUUACUGGUGGGAAGGAUAUAACACUUCAAGAAGUAAAUAGGGUGUCACAGGUUGUUACGAGUUUAGCAGACCCUUCCGCAAAUAUUAUAUUUGGUGCAGUCGUGGAUGAGCGAUAUAAUGGAGAGAUACAUGUAACGAUUAUAGCAACUGGGUUCACUCAGUCAUUUCAAAAGACUCUUCUGACUAACCCGAGGGGAGCAAAGCUGUUGGAGAAGGCAGGCAGCCUAAACAGCAGCAAGUCUCCGGUGGCACUCGGCUCAUCAGCCUCGGCUGUCAAUGCUAAUCAGCCGCCUUCUCGAAGGCUCUUCUUUUAGGUUCUUACUUGGUUCACUUUUUUCUUUUCUUUAUUUCUUUUCCAUGAUUCUCAUGUUUUUCUCUCGUGCGUUAGAUAGGGUUGAUGUUGCAGCUCCAUUUAACUAUUAUGAUCUAUUGUAUAAUAUGUUGAAUUGCAGUUUUGGAAUGAAUGCUUCUUAGAGUUUGUGCUUAUUAAA